GGGAAUGGGAAUGAUUCUGACGCCUGUGGUUAAAGCGCUUGACUGCGGCGCGGGGCUGCGCAUGCGCGUUGCUGACGUCGGUUUCUGUGUUUGUGUGAGUGAGACAGCAGAGGUUGCUGAUGAGAGAGAGAGACUGAAACAUCAUCCGUCGACUAAAAACCAAGACCUCACAAGCUCAUCCUACAUCUCGGAUUUCAGGUUAACGGAUAAACCGCAGCCGAGGGAUUAAAAUAAAAGGGAUUCGCGCUCUAUUUGUGGGAUUACCGGUGGUCUCGCGCUGAUUUGAUCCCGCUAACAGGCUAAUAACAAGCGCAGGUGGAUGACUCGCGAGACUCGACCUGGAUGUUGGCCUGUUUUUACGAAAGACAAACUGAGGAAUCAAACACCUAGCAUCUAACCAAAUAAUAAAUUAAAUCAAGUCUGACGGGAACCAGAAACAUCACGGGUCUUCUUUUAUUUUCAAAUGAGCGGGGGUCGUGUGUUGGGUUUACCUCAUAUGUGCUGAUGCUAACUACGCUAGAACAAUCUAACGUUAUCAUUUAAGGGUUUUCGUUUUUUUUUUUUUUUUUUUUUUUUUUUUUUUUUUUUACUCUAAUAACACAUUAACAGCUGUUUAAAACAGUCAGUUGUGCUUAACAUGUAAAAAUGACACGUUAAGAUUUAUUCUCUCUGACAUAAGAGACAAUCCGAGUAAAAUGAUUGAAUAUACUGCCUCGUGUUUAUACAUCAUAGCCAGACUUUAAUAAUAUAAGUAGUUAAUCCAGGGUCAAGCCUGUUAUAAGUGUACCAUUAAUGUGAAUUUAUAAUGAUUUACUUAAAAGGCAGUUUUUUUUAACACUAGGAAGUUAAAGGUUAUGGGAUUUGGAUAUACAGUGUUAUAUUGGCAAUUAUAAAGCUCUCUAUUAUAUGUAAUUGUGUGUAUUCUCUUAUACAUGUAUAGAUUCUAAAAUUGUUAUUUUCAUGAAUUUUUGAGGUUUAUGGGUAGCAAUCUUAAGUAUUGUAGAUCAACAUGUUUUGAGAAGACUUGUGUCAAGUGGAUUCGAUUUUGAAUGCAGAACAUGGAAACGGGGCCAACAUUUUUUAUUUUUUUCCUAUGGAGAGGUUUGCAUAUCAGAAAAAUAUCUCAGUCCAUAUGAGCUGUAUUACAGCAAUGAAACAUUAUCCCUGUGUCCGCAUAAGUAAACAGUAGUUGAUCAUUUACAGGGAGGUGGACGCUUACGCAUGGGUCUCCGCAAGGAUAUUAAUUUUGGUGCGUAUGCUGGAAGAGGCCACCAUUUGCUUUUGAAUUCUGAACAUUAUUACCUUGUGGGAUCAUAAAGGAUUGGAAUUUCUGGAAUAUUUCCAUUUGUCAGAGGAGAGAGCUCUUCUUUUCGAUGGAGCAAGUUCUCUCCAGCCCUCAGGGGUGUUCUGAGUGGGAUAUGAAUGGGAAAGCUGAGUGGGAAUCCGAGCAGAAUCCCCUCGGAUUUCUCCUAAUGGAUAAAGACAACAGUUCUGUCGGUGAAUCUACUAGUGAAAUUUUUCAGGAGAACGGCAUAAACCUAGAUGACCUAUUUUGGUCCUCUCCGUAUUCUGGGCAGAUGUAUUCCUGGGAAAAUGAUUUGGAAUGUGUCUAUCCCGAUUGGAAGACUCAGCCUCUUCCUUCCCAAGAUCUCAAAGGAGAGGGUUCUCCUGGAAGUUUGCAAAUGGUUGAUGGAGAUCUCAUCUGUUUUAAUUCUAGAUCUACUAGUCCUACGGUCUCAAAUAUUCAAGUGCAGAAUCAAAGCAACUUUUAUGGCCUUCCCGAGCAGGUGCCGGAUUUCCUGCAACCGGUGGAGGUUACUGCCACUUCAAAUCCUCUAGAUGUGUACACUAGUAUUAUUGACCCGCUACUACAAGAAACCCACCUCCUUGAGGACGCACAUUUAACAAACUGUGAGUUCAGCCGUAAUUCCCUAGAGGAAAGAACAUUUGUGAACAAUGAUAGUCAUAGCUUGCUUCCAGACGGGACUCAUCUCGCUCUGGAUUCUGAAGGUUUGUUGCCCGUCUCUCUUGUGGAGUUGACAUGUACAGAUACAAACUCAAAUCCCAAGCCUUCAGUUAUAUGUCAGACACCUCCAGAACAUAUCUACCUCCCAUCCUCAGCCCUUCCCCGUGAGCUCACCCCUCCGAAGAUACCACCACCUGUUCUGCCACAUCACGAGGGUAGUGCACCCCUGCCAAUAGAUGAGGUAGAGAUGUUGUUACCCGGGCUGCUGGUUGGAGGUCUGUACUCUGAACAGGAGGGUAGUAAGCCCUCAGCUAGUAACAAGACCCAUGACGAUGAUCUACUGAGCCAAGAGACGACAGACACUAACAUGGAAACAACACAGCUAUCUUCUGAAGCAGAGACUGUUUGCAUAUCAUCUGAACUUCGUGAAGAAAUGUUGUGUGUUUUAUCCACAGAAUGCACAUUUGAUGUACCAUUGGAAAUGGCUGGAGAAGAGAUAGAGGAGGAGGUUGUGUCCAAUGCUACGACUGAUAACGUUUUUUAUGAACCUGAAACAGGACUCACACUAAUUUCUUUUGAUUUACAAUCGGAAGAUCCUUCAACUGAAAGCCUGCUUGACAAAGACGAACAUGAGUCCACAACAGCCUUGCCACUCAGCACAUCUGAGCAUAAUGCCUUAAUUGAGCUCUCACCUGAAGAUGACAUCUUACCUGAGGGCCACAUCCAGCCCACUCAUUCAACUGAGGCUGAAGCCUUAUCUGUGGUGUCCCAUGAUGGAGAUAUUCCUGAUUCCAUGUUUGAAAUCUCUUGCGAAGCUGUGACAUCUUUAGACUGUGUAAUUCCACCUGUGACAGAUGCUACUGAGCUAACAGAACAGGAGAAAUGUGACGCAGACUCACCCGAUCUUGAAUCGAAUGCACUCACCCUUGAAUUUCAGGAUGAUGCAACAAAUGUAAAAACAGACAACGUAGACGAUGACCCUGAGGCUAUGGAGACACAGCGAGCUGAUCGUUCACCCACAAUAGGUAACAAAGAGGACUUAGACACACUCAAAGUUUUAGAGAUUUCAGAUUUGCAUCAAAAUCAAGAGGCAACCAAUUUGGAAAGCAAGUCGGACAGUUUGCAAACUGUUUAUUUAAAUCUAGAUGACAGUAAAGCUGACAACAACCAAGAAUUGAUUGCAAUGAGUGAAACCUGUCAGGAGCUAGUCAGUGCUCAGCAAAAAGAGGAAAAUCUCACAUCUUUGGACCAACUGAAUGACACUUUGACUGCAAACUCAAGUGCAAUUGUAAUAGAUACACCUGAAGAAAAUGCAGCAGCUCACAAGGACGGCCUCAAUACACAGCUGAACGUCGAAGAGAAACUUCACGGUGAGUCUUCACAGGGAAGGGAGAGAUCAGAUUGCAGUUUGUCUACUCCAAAUCAAGUCAUACCUCAUUGCGCAAGUAAACCUGAUUUUUUAGAGUCCACUCCCCUCACCUGUGCAGGUGAUCAGCUGACUGUGACGGGUGGACUAGGGGGGCCGGAUCUUACAGAGACCACAGAGACUCCCAGCCAAUUGCGUGACGUUAUAGGAGAGGGAAAGGUGGGGUUUCCUGCUCAGCUUACACAUCAGGAGGAUUUCCAUCAGCUGACACCAUCACAGAUAGACCUGGCACAAGAGCAACAAGUGAGCUCAGUCGCCCCCAGCUCUCCUCCCUCACAUAGAGAUGCGUUUCCCUGUGGAGCCAGCCUGGAUGGGGAGGCCUACCUGACCUUGAUGGAGAAUAAUCCUGAUUCUCCCAACAUUCCCAAACAUGCAGAAAUGACUCUGGAUCUGUGCAAGGCCUCAGAUGCUCUGCCGACCGAAUCGCUCCAUGACCAGAGGGUCCCGGUGGAUUUGAUAAACGUGCCUAUAGUUUCCGCGACAGCCCAUAAAAGCGAGGAGCAGUCUGCUCUCAGAGCAGUUUUCCAGGCUUUGGAUCAGGACGGUGAUGGAUUUGUCCAUAUUGAGGAGUUCGUCGAGUUUGCAAAAGCAUAUGGAGCCGAACAGGUGAAGGACCUGACACGGUUCUUGGAUCCCAGUGGUCUGGGUGUGAUCAGUUUUGAGGAUUUCCACAGAGGCAUCAGCGCAAUCAGCAAUGAAGGUUCUGAUCCAUAUCUCUACAAGACUCAUCUCAGUGCAGUGGAAGGCAGUGGACCUCCAGAGGAAUAUGACGAGCAGGCGGAGGUCUCAGACAGCGCCUAUCUCGGGUCGGAGAGCGCCUACAGUGAGUGUGAAACCUUCACGGACGAGGACACGGCGGCUCUGGUCCAUCCAGAACUCCAUGAGGACGUGGAGACUGACAGCGGCAUUGAAAACACACUCACAGAUGGAGACGACCGCAACAGGUUCACAUUGGGCACUGAUUUGAAUGGCCACACCCUCGUGGCCGUGAUUGGAGGAGAGGAGGAGCACUUUGAGGAUUUCGGUGAGAGCAACAACACUUCAGACCUGCUGCUGGCCAAUCAGGAGGAUAGAGGGGCGGGGCCAGAGGGGGAGGGAAAUACAGAGCCACUCCCACACCCAGACAGCCCACUGCCCCGCCCCCUGAUGCUGCUGUCGCCUAGUUCCAGCAAGAGGUUGUCCAGUAAGAAAGCAGCAAGACACUUGCAGCACUCUGGCACUCUGGAUGUCAUGGGAGAUCUGACUCGAGACAUUUUGGACCUUGCAGACUGUGAUAUCACAGACAAGGUGUUGCUGUUGGAGAAGCGUGUGUGCGAGCUGGAGAAGGACUCAGUGGAGAGCGAAGAGCAGCAUGCACGCCUGCGGCAGGAGAACCUCGCUCUCGUCCACCGCGCAAACGCUCUGGAGGAGCAGCUGAAGGAGCAGGAGCUGCGCACAGAGGAGAACUUACUCACGCACACCCGUAAAUACAGAGAUGCUCUGAACAAACUCCAGCGAGAGAGAGACCUGGAGAUCGAGAACCUCCAGGCCAGGUUGCAUCAGUUGGAUGAGGAGAACAGUGAGCUGAGGUCAUGUGUUCCCUGUCUGAGAGCCAACAUCGAGAGGCUGGAGGAGGAAAAGAGGAAACUUCAGGAUGAGGUGGACGACGUCACAGAUCGAUUGAACGAAGAAAUCGAAUCCCGCAGGAAAAUGUCCGACAAACUGAGCCAUGAACGCCAUACGACCCAGAAAGAGAAGGAGUGCACUCAGGGGUUGAUAGAGGACUUGAGAAAGCAGCUGGAACACCUGCAGCUGUUUAAGUUGGAGACUGAAGUGAGAAGAGGCAGAUCGGCCAGCUCCGGCCUGCAGGAAUACAACACGCACAUGAGAGAGAACGAACUGGAGCAGGAGAUACGCAGACUCAAACAGGACAACCGCGGUCUGAAGGAGCAGAACGACGAGCUGAACGGACAGAUCAUUAAUCUGAGCAUCCAAGGGGCAAAGAGCCUGUUUAGCGAGUCUCUGUCUGAGUCGCUCGCCGCCGAGAUCAACAAUGUGUCUCGCACUGAGCUGAUGGAGGCCGUCCACAAACAGGAGGAGAUCAACUUCCGUCUGCAGGACUACAUCGACCGCAUCAUCGUCGCCAUCAUGGAGUCCAACCCCUCCAUCCUGGAGGUCAAAUAAUCACCGUGGCGACGACCCUGCCUGAUUUAUGAACUGAAACAGGAGGCGAGAGGCACAAAGAGCAGAUCUGGAGAUGAUGUGAAGAAUCCAAUCAUUAUGUUGAUCAAAUAAUUUAAUCAUUCAGAGCACUGUUUGUCGUGUGUGUGUGUGUGAAUGGCCCCGUCCUUCGGUUCCUGUGACUUCCCUGUGUUUUGGGAUUGAGGUGCCCGUUCCCUCUGUGUGUGUUUGUGUUCACAACUCAUGGAUUGUAUUUCAGUGUAAGAAACUUGUUUGUUUGAAGUUACCAGUGUAAGUCUGGUUUACAGUCACACCGUGAGCCCAUGUGAGGGACAUUUGCUGGCCCGAGGGUUGAGCGUGUGUGUACCAUUAAGCGAGUUUUUGCUGAAUGUUAGUGCUGUUUUCACUUGCAUAAUUGUUAUUUAUUACGAUGAUGCGGAACGCAAAGGAUCAGGGGAGACUGACACCCACCCAAGGGAGUGUUGCAUUGUGGGUAAGGUCAUCGGUCCUGUGCGAUUUCUUGCUGAGAAUAUUCGUCUGCCGCCUCCUGCCCUGGAUUCUUUCCAGAAGACUGAUUUUCUGUACUUAAGACUCACUGGAAAUGUUCAUUGCACUUCAAGUAAUUUUAUUUAGAGAAAUUUCUGUUUGUUAUUUAAAUAGUUUGGAAGAUAAAUAAAGUGAAGCUGUUUUAUCGGUGUUGGCGGGGAAAAGAAGCGGACACUGAAGCAGUGAAGGGAACUCGAAGCGUUGACAGAACACGCGGGAAAAAGGACUUCUGCUUCAUUUCUGCGUUUCAGAACUCUUUCUCUCUCUCUUGGAUGAAUUUGGAUGUAAAUAUUAAUCUAGAACGUUUAGUUCUUGGAAUCGUAUUUUUAUGGACAAAAGGAAAUCAGAUUUCGUUUCGUGUUGUCUUCCACUUGACUUUCGUCUGAUCCAGCGCAUCAUUAUGGAUCUACAUCCGGGACAAGCAUGUUUGAGUUUCACUUUCAACUUUUUUUUUUUUUUUGCAAAUCCAGUUGAAAAUCAGACUGCAGUCCAUUUUUUUCUUUCCCGUCUCCUCUGACUUGCAUAUUUCGGUUUUAAGACCCGUCCGAUCAGUUCUUCUAAGACGAUGCUGGAUAACAUUUAAGGACGAUUCUGCUGCUGUUACGUCUGUAUGGCUGUUUUAAAGCUACUGUAAUGAAACUGAUGGACAUUAAAGCGCGGGAACAUUGCUUCUGUAAACUUUUAAAAGUGUACACGCAUGUGUGCGUGCGUGCAUUUGCCGCCCACUGUCUCCUUUCUUAAUAUCCUUACAGAGACAAUAAGGGAAGAUCUGAAUCUACUGCUCUUGAUCUGAUGUUAAACAGCUGCUGUAUAUGAUUUAUAUAUAUAUGUCAACACACAUUUCCAGUGUCCAAAGACAACAUUUCACCGCUUAGACGGAGUUCUGCUUGCCACUUAGACUUUACUAAAAGACUAAUAAUAGUUAUAAAUACAUGUUAAUAAAAGAAAAAGGACUCCUCCUAAUGAAGGAUACAAUUGUAAAAAAGGAUGUUUACUCUGAUUGUUAAGGUUGCUGUAUAAAGGAAAGAUAUCAGUAUUGUCUUCUGUUGAAUGUUUUGCUUUCUUUUGAGGAUGCCCCCCUAAGAUGUAUCUUUUACUGUUCGGGGUCUUAUAGAUUUUCAAAUAAUUGUAUGAAGGUUAAAAGAAAAAUGGAAAUAAAAUUAGUCACCAAUAAAUUAAGUGCGAAUAA